AUGACAGAGCAGUUUGUCAGUGAUUACACCGUACUUGAAGAAGCUUUAAAAGACGACCCAACAAGGCCAUCUGUUGUUUUUAUGUUAGCGGCUUUGAUUAACAAAUUGAAUCUUCGUUUAGAAAAAGUAGAGACCAAAAUUUCUCGACCGAAUUCGCCGAGUCACUCCACAAGUAGAAGUGUUGAUUUCCUUGGCGCCAGAAAAAUUAAAAAGGUGCAGAGUGGGUUCUUCACACCACGCCAAGACCAACUUUCCUCCUCUUCGCCAAACUUUUUAUUUGAUAUUGUACCCAAAGACCAAUUGGAGAAACCACAAUCUAUCAAAAAUCCGAUGUCACCAGAUAAAUCGCCAACCUCGAGUCCGGAUAGAAGGUGGAUUACAAAGAAACCAACGCAAGUCUUCAACAAAGAACUGAGUGAGAUCGAAAUCUUCAAGAAAACUCUCUCAAGAUGGACAGACAAACGGAUGUUCAAAGUCAUUUACAACUCAAAGCUUGGCGACCAAUUAAACUCCGACUCGUUCAACAAGAAGAUCAUGGGAACAAACAACGUGAUGAUUUUUGUUUUCGACGAACAUAGAAACAUCUUCGGCGGCUUUACCAAUAAGGCGGGGACGGUCCCAAACAAAGAAGACCACCAAUAUAUCGAAGACGAUAAGGCUUACUUCGUCUUUUCUCUAAAAAAUCAAAACGGCAACUUCCCACAAAAGUUCCAAAGAAAAAGAUUGGAUGUCGGACUGAGGUUUUGUAAUGACGACAAUUGUGUGUUUGGUCUUGCAGACUGUUUAUCAGUCUAUUCCGAUGGGAAGGCUUAUUGCCACCCAACGUUCUCUAAGUACUACUUGGACGAAGAGAUGUGCGGAGCGUCUGUAUUUAAUAAUACGAUAUACCCCAAUCGGUUUAAUGUGGAUUGUGUUAUUGCAAUCCAAUGGUAUUGA